AUGAACAAAACGCGUUUCACGCUGAACACGGAGCAGUUGUCCAGGGGACAGGCUCUCGCCAACAGCUGGGAGCCUGCAAAGCUGCUAGGAAUACUUGCCAAGAAUCCCCGUACCGUUCGAGAUGGAAACCUUGAUUAUGAGGAGGGAGAUAUGCCAGAGGCCCCCAUAUUCCAGGAGGAGGGUACGAAGGGCUUGGGAAAUUUGAGCUGUCUCCCCAACGAACUCGUGGACAUGAUUUUCAACAUGUUGGACAUGCCCAGCGCUAUCCGACUCUCAUAUGUCAACCGCACUGCCAAUAACUUUGUUCGGAAAGGCCCCGUACCAUUUCUCCGGCGAUGGGCUCCCGGCCUGCCGAAGAUUCUCAAACAGACCCAGAUCCAUAAGACUUGGGCCAUUGCUGACCUCAAAGACGCAAUUCGCCGUGAAAACUGCGUGGUAUGCGGUAACUUGUGCGUCCAACUCUACCUUCCUACGAUGGAACGUAUCUGCCAUGCAUGCAUGCACGACAACCAUGCAUACUGGUGCCUCCCUGUGGAGCAGGCAGCCUUGAUUUUCGGCCUUGACCUACCUGAUGUCAUUGACUAUCAAACAAUGUAUCUGCCAAGGAUGAGCUUGAAUGGCCGUGGUCUGGACGAUAUUAGCGCCUGGGUUGUUCCUGUCAAAGUGGCGCUGACCAGAGCCCUGGAGCUAUAUGGCACCCGCAAGGCUAUCAAGCGUGCUGCAGAAGGCAAAUUGUCAGGUAUGGAUGAGCCCCAAGAACAUGGCACUCCUGAUGACGAAGAAUUUGUGAUCGAAAACGAGAAUGACAUUUAUCGCGCUGCUUCCUUAUCCUCCAACUUCAAACGACUCCGUCCAAUUGACACCGUUGGAAUGGAAAUCAGUCAUAUCUACCACCAUGACGUUACCUGUCAGGUACCUGUUGUUCCUAACGGGAAUACACGCAAGAUCCUUCAGUUGUGCCGCGGUUGCACUGCCAUGCUCACAAUCAGCAAGAUCAAAGGCAUGGACAAGAGCCAUGUGCAGAGUAUGGGCAUUGACCCCGAACUCGAUGUGUUUGAGCGAGGGCUUGCGUUCUACCAUCGUGCCUUCCGUGUGCGGACAGAGGCCGAGAUGGUUGAGCAUAUUCGAACUGAGUGCGCUGGGAGUUGGACCCUGUUGUGUGCUGAGUCUGAGAAUGAGGCGCCAUAG